AUGGGCCGGAAGUGGCCUGCGGGGCCGUCAAGAAGCAGCCCCCCCACACCCCCCCUCCCUCCCACCGAACAUUCGCACAAGUCUAGAAACAAUCACCAUGCUUAUGUUCCACAUCUUGCCAUCCUGUUAGAAACUGAAGAGCUGAGGAUCAAGCUGGACGCUAAGGUUGUGCACUGGUUUCUAAAUAGAAGUGUUGGUGACCAAAUCAUUCAAUUUGGAGAUAUUGCAGUUAGUACUUCCAAAAAUGCAAGAAUGUGUAACAAAUGCUAUUGGGAUCGUUCAAGUGAUGGGAAGGUUUACGUACCAUAUAUAUUCAGCAGUGACUUUAGCGAGAAAAACAGAAUUAAAAUCCAUUCUGCAAUGAUGGAGUACAGCAUUUUAACAUGCAUAAAGUUUGUACAUAGAACAAACGAAGCUGCCUAUAUUGAACUUAUUUCAAAAUCAGGCUGUUGGUCCUCUGUAGGACGUACAGGUCAAAAACAGGGUUUAUCACUGCAAAUUCCCGGUUGUAUACAUGAAGGUGUAAUAGAACAUGAAUUGAUGCAUGCACUAGGUUUGAAUCACGAACAGUCCCGAAGUGACCGUGAUGGCUAUGUACGGAUCUUGUUGGAGAACAUUGUGCCUGGUAAUGAGCAUAAUUUUGUUAAAAUGAAGACGAAUAACAUGGGGACACCAUAUGAUUACGGUUCCAUUAUGCAUUAUGGCAAAUAUUCUUUUUCUAAAGGUGGAGGACCUACAAUUGAACCCAAACCAGAUCCCAGAGUGAAUAUUGGACAACGUGAUGGUUUUUCCCCUUUGGAUGUUCUAAAAAUUAACAAAUUGAAUGGCUGCCGUAAGUGUAAUUUGUUUUCUAUUUGUGGAGCCCUAAUGAUAGACCCAAGUGGAAGUUUCACCUCUCCAAACUUCCCCGAAUCGUAUCCUAACAAAGCUGAGUGCAAUUGGUUAAUUAGGUCAAAACACCGUCAAAAGGUGCCAGAUAUCAUGAAACAGAUGCAAAAUGUUCUACAGGGGGAAGGGGGAUAUCCAGAAGUCAUGGUCCAUAUUGAGCUUCAAGUUCCUGGACCAUUGGGACCAGUUCUGGGGCAGGUUGGACCUGUAGAACGUGGAUGA